GGGCGGAGCAAACACACACACACACACACACACAAAAAAACCUAAAUAAAGGCGACAGGACAGCGCGCAUGAAAAAGCAAAUCCUAAAACAAAGCAAACUGCAAGUCACUCUCCAGCCAUGCCUAUUCGUCGUGCUGCAGGGCCACCAUCCCAGGAAACGGUGCCCAAAAGUACACCCGCUGGAAAACAAGCAGCAAAAGAUGUAGAUGCAAGUUCUGAGGAAUCUGUAUCAACUGGUGAAGAGCAGGAAACUGAAGUUCUAGAGGCUACAAAAUCACAAGAAGAAUUAAAAAAUGGAAAUGAAGAAACUCAAAAGUCCGAAGAGGAGAAGAAGGAUGAAGAAAAAUCUGCAGAAGGGCUAAAAAAAGAGGACAAAGAUACAGGCAAAGAAAAAGAGAAGAAAAUCACAGUUAAAAAGACUAUUCCCUCGUGGGCUACAAUGUCUGCUAAGCAGCUUGCUCGAUCCCAGAAACGUGCUAAUGUUGCCUUGUAUUCCCGGCCAAAACUAGAUGCAAUUCUCACAGAGGCAAUUCAGGCUUGCAGUAACAGGUCUGGAGCAUCAGCCUUUGCCAUCCGGAAGUAUAUGGUGAAUAAAUACCCGUCUUUGGAUCUGGAUAAGAGGAGCUACUUACUGAAACAGGCCUUAAAAAGGGUACUUCAGAGAGGAGCCGUCAAACAGGUAAAAGGCAAAGGAUUUUCAGGAAGUUUCAUUGUGGCACCAUCAAAAAAGUCUAAAAAGAAAAGCAAUUCUGGUUCAAACAAGGCUCCUUUACCUCUGGAGCAUUCUGAGAAGCUAGAAGACACCUUACCCCUUAUUUUCACCCGACUCUGUGAGCCAAAAGAAGCAUCCUAUCGUCUCAUUAAGAGAUAUGUAGAGCAGUAUUUUCCAAAGCUCAAGGUGAACAGCAGACCCCACAUGCUAAAAAAUGCUUUGCAAAGAGCAGUUGAGAAGAAACAGCUGCAACAAAUAACAGGGAAAGGAGCCUCUGGGACUUUCCAGCUGAAGAAAGUGGGAGACAAGCCCCUUUUGAGUGGUGGCCCAUUUGAAGAUGCAAUUGUGUCAGCUAUCACAGCAAUGAAUGAGCCUAAAACCUGCUCCACCAAAGCACUAAAAAGGUUUAUCUUAGGAAACAACCAGGGAGGAAGGGUUUAUCUUCAGGUGAACAAUUUGAAGAGGACUCUGAGACGCUGUGAAAUGUUUGGCUGGAUGGAGAAGAUAACUGGAAAAGAAUUUAGUGGAACUUAUCAGCUCUGUUUCCCAUAUUACCCAAGCCCUGCUACUCUCUUCCCUGACAAGCACAAAGACCAAGACUCUGAAGAUGAAGCAUCAUCUGAGGAAGAGGACUCUGAAGAUGAGUCUGAGGAAGAGUCUGAAGAUGAGUCACCACCAACGAAAAGGCAGAAAAAAAGACCUCCCCCUAAAGUUCGUGCUCCUCUACCUCCAAAGCGACGGACGCCAGUUGGUAAGAAAAGAACCAGUAGCGCUCAGAAAGUCAGCACUCCAGCGUUUUCUUCGAAGAGUAAAAGAGCAACUUCUGUUAAAAAACCGGCCGCAUCUCGUAAAAAGGCAGUCACGCCAGGAAAAGUAGCCUCUAACAAGCAAGUUGAAACCUCCAAAAAAGCCAGUACACCCUCUGCAAAAAAGAUGACAAGCAGGUUGCCCAAGAAACCCUCACAGAAGACUCCAGUAAAGUCAUCUGCCAAGUCCCCAGUUAAGGAGAAGUCAGUGGGACGUAAAUCAUUGAGGAUGAAAAAGUAGCCAAAAUACAGUAAAGGCAGCAACCACAUAUAAAAGGUUAGGUAGUAGUAGAGUGCCCAAGUGCUUUUAUUUUCUUGUUUUCUCUCUGCAUUCUGGCCCCUUUUGUGUAAGUUUCAUUUUUUUCUCAUGAAGACAAAAGAAAUAGAGUUUUCUUUUCAUUGAUUUUCUCUUUCGUCAUUGAGGUUCAAAGUUUUAUGCUAGUACUCCACACUUAAAAAAAAAAAAAAAAGAAAUGGCUUUUCUAAAAUGCUACUGCCCCCUUAAGUGUAUGCUGAUUUGCUUUUAUUCACACAUGUAUUAAUUUUAGAAAGAUAGCAAAAGUGUUGUCACUUUUUAACUCUUACUUUAUUUUGCUUUUACUCUCUUUGUGUAAAUAUAAGGGUUUACUACUAGGGGCUUGAAUCACUUGAUUUAAAAUGGGUUUGUUCAAUUGAUUUAGAGAGGGUGGUUGUCUUUUUUUAUAUAUAUAAAUAUAUAUAUAUAUAUUCAGCACUGAUGUACCAUUAUGAGAAACCAGUCUGAAAUCCUUCAUUUCAAUUAUUUCUACCUGAUUGUCAAAGACAAAUAAAAUGAGUUGUUGUACAGGGCAAUAAUCAUUUAUGAUGUGCAUAUUUACUCAUUUUUAACUAAAUCAUUAUUUUUCCCUAGCACUAGUUUAUUAUGUGUCUUUUUUCUUCUUCUUUCUUCUUCUUCUGGACUCUUUCCCGGUUUGGUAGUCUGUUAGUGAAUUUAUUUUAAUCCAGCUGUCAACUUGUAGAGUUGUCAUUUAGCGUUCACCCAUAUUUAUUUUGAAGGGCCAAUAAUGUGAUAAUGGAUGAAGCCAAAUGGCUACCCUUUACCUUGUAAACUAAACCUUAUACAUUAUUUGGAUUGUUGUUGAUAUACUUCCCUUCCACGAUUUUGUUAUGUAAAAUGUUUGCUCUUCCUUCCAGGAUUUUGAAAAAAUCACUCUUGUUAUGUAAAAUGUUUUUUUUUUUUUCUUCUUCUCUAAGAAGGCCUAUUAUAACACUUCAGUGUGUGCAAAUCCUUCUUUCUAUGAGCUGUUUUAUCAGGACAGUAUAACUAAUUUGGCAUUCUUCCUUGUAUCAGGCAACCGAUCAUAAGAAAUGAUCUUUAAAAGGAAAAACAAAUAAGCACAUUUUCUUGUAGUGUUUUUUUUUUGUUGUUCUUUUAUACUCUUUAGUGUAGAAACUCUUGAGCAAACAAAUAUAACUCAUUCCAACUUGUUUGUGUAAGAACUGAUGGGUAACUUUAAUGUAUAUUAAAAGCCUAGUUAAUUUGUUUAGGGAUCAAAGAUGGGAUUGAUUAUUGUAUUCUUUAGUUUAAAAUAAACACUGUGUCUAUUUAAAAAAAGUGGAAAUGUUUGUUGUGGUUAGCGUACAACAUUGAGUUUUAAAGACUGAAUACUUUUUUUUGGUUAAUUCAGAGAACAUUGCUCUUUAGAGAUUGCAUGCAUGUAAUCCCAGCAUUUGUGAUGCUUUCUUUUCUGUUAUCAAUAAUAAAUAUUAGAUUGGUUA